AGCAGCGGUGGUAUGUUCUGGUGGAGCAGUCGGAUGCUCUGGUGGAACGCUUGCGAGACAAGCAAUCCAUUCCGUCCACUAUUGAGAAAGAGAAAGGGGCGGUGAUAGAGGAAGAGACAUGGCUUCUAAAGAGAUAACUGCCUCUUGUUUCGUCAGUGUGAGCAGGGAUAUUACAGAGAGUAUCAGGAAGAUUAUAGACAAGUCCUCAAUCAAGUUUAUACGUGGCAUUAAGCUUGAAACCAAAAAUGGCAAAUCAGAGGAUAGGAUACUGGUUCUCACAACAUGGAGACUCUAUCUCUUGGCUGCCAAGGUUCCAACAAAGAUAGAGCUGACAUUUAACUUCUUGGAGAUCCGAGCCAUGAACAGUCACCCAGAGCCUAAGGUCGUCAUAGACACGGACAAGUCCACUUAUUCCUUGAGGCUUCAGUCACGUGACCACCUCAAUCAUGUGGUCAGCCACGUUAACUUUGCCCUGUCCAGAAUAUUUAACAACUCUGUGUUUGCUCCCUCCAUCUGUCAUUCAGACAGUGACCUUUCUGAGGGAAGCAAGAAGUACUCCCCCAGCUCAGAGACGUCUGUGGAAACCCAGAGGGCCUGUGGUAAGAGACGCACAGGCAGGAAGGCAGGAGGGUUUUCAGAGACCUACGCUGCCCUGUGUGACUAUAAUGGAAUCAGCUGCAAGGAGGAAGUGCAGUGGGAUGUGGACACUAUCUAUCACUCCCAAGACAACAGGGAGUUUAAUCUAGUGGACUUCAGCCACCUGGAGAGCAGGGACUUGGCAGUUAUUGUGGCCUCAAUGGCAUACAACACCUGGUUCACCAAACUAUACUGUAAGGACCUACGCAUAGGGUCAGAGGUCACUGAGCAGGUUCUGCACACGCUCAGUAAGUCCUCCAGUCUGGAAGAGAUCACUCUGGAGAAUGCUGGUCUCAAAUCUGACUUUCCGCAGAAGCUGUCAGUUGCGCUCUCAGAGAAUCCUGCUUCUGUCAUCCACUCUCUGAAUCUGGCCCACAACACACUGGACAACCAAGGUGUGGCUAACCUCAUCCAGCAGGUGUGUCGCCUCAGCAAAGGACUGCGUCUCCUCAACCUCUCCAAGACCUCCCUCAACUCCAAAGGUGUGGUGUCUCUGUCUCAGGCGCUGUGCUCCAGUGAUGAGUAUUCUAACUCUCUGCUGCACCUGGACCUGAGCAAGAACCCUGGGGUCCUGUCUGGGGAGGAUGCCUCGAAUCUGUACCAUUUCCUGUCCCAGCCUAAUUGUCUGGUCCAUUUGGACCUGUCUGGCACUGACUGUUCUGUUGACUCUCUAUUUGGGGAUCUGCUGAGGGGGUGUUGUGCCGAUCUCUCCUACUUGAAUCUCUCCAAAAAUUCCUUCUCCCACAGGAAAGUGAAGGAGACCCUGCCGUUGUUCCGUCAGUUCUUCAGCUCGGCUUUCAGUCUCACUCAUGUCAGCCUGGCCUCGAUGAAGCUGCCGCCUGAGGCCCUGAGGUCUCUCUUCAUCGGUCUGACCACAAACCCUCACAUUAAUGACCUACACCUGGACAUCAGUGGCUGUGAGCUGAAAUCUGCAGGAGCUUCUGUGAUCCAGGAGCUGUUCCCCAGGCUCUCCUCCAUCGCCACGCUGGACAUCUCAGACAACGGGCUGGAUGCAGACCUUCUCUCAGUUCUACCAGCUCUCUCCAGACACACCUCCCUAAAGCACCUGUAUCUGGGCAAGAACUUCAACAUCAAGAGCAGGGUGCUGGAUGAAAUCCUACACAAGCUGGUCCAACUCAUACAGGAGGAGGAGUGUGCCCUCCAGUCCCUCUCCCUGGCUGACUCGCGGCUGCGUUCUCGGGGCACAGUGCUGGUAAACGCUCUGGGCAGCAACACCUGUCUGCGUAAGGUGGACCUGAGUGGGAACAGCCUGGAGGACAUUGGAGCCAAGAUGCUGAGCAAAGCCCUGCAGAUCAACACCACACUCAGGAGUGUGACAUGGGAUCGUAACAACACCUCAGCUACAGGAUUCCUGGAUGUGGCUCGAGCCCUUGAACAUAACUUCACCUUGCAGUACAUGCCCCUCCCCCUCAGUGACAUCAGCCAGGCGUACCGUAGUACCCCCGAGAGGACAGAGCAGGCACUGACCAAGAUCCAGCGUGCUCUGCUGCGGAACAACCAGACUCAGCGCUUCUCUCAGAGACAGGCUCUACGGCUGCACCAGGGCCUGGUCACCAGCACUGCUGAACAGGUGAUGGAGCGUCUGACUGUGCGGGUGCUACAGCAGGUGUGUGUGCUUCGUGGAGUAGGGGAGAUGGAGGAUAUUCAAGCUGCUAAACAAGUGCUGAAGGAGGCCAGGAACUCCCGUGCGCUGUACCCCUCUCUCUGUGAGCUAGCUCAUGUACUGUCAGUAGACGGGCCAGUCAGACAGAGACUGGACUCACUGGCAGGAGAACUGGCCAAAGCAGCUGACAAGGAACUACAGGUGAUUGUUGACUCCAUGGUGUCUCUCUGUCGUGAGCUGUGCCCGCUGUCCUCCUCUGCAGCGGAGAGAUUGAGUCCUCCGCUCUCGUCUGUCUCGGAGCGCGUCUCCAUCCCUCUCUCCACCAUCCGCACAGCCUUGAUGGAGAGAGCAGAACAGGACAUUCACCGAGUGCUGGAGGAGGUGAAGCUCUCAGUGGUCUCCUAUCUCACCAACUCCAUUGUAGAUCAGAUCUUGCAGGAGCUCUACGCCACCCACAAGACCCUGACACGUCAGGUGUCCCAGGUGAAGCGCUGGGAGGUGACAUGUGACGGAGGAACAGGUCUGAGGUCACACAGACACAGAGACUCUCUGGACAUCACAGACGAUGAGAUGGGCACCAGUAUAGUGAGCAUUGUGUGUUGGGAUCGUCUGCCUAGGGACACACUUGCCAUUAAGAAGCGUAGCUCUAGAACUAGACGUAUACGACCCGUCUCUACCAGGCUUAGCCUGUGUGAUGACUCCAGCUCCUCCCCACCGUCCUCUUCUUUCUCUUCUUUCUCGGCCCUCUCGUGCUCUGCAUCCUGGGAGGGGCUGUCUGCGCUCCCUACCCAGGGUGCACCUCUCCAUCAUGUGACACGGGUUAGGCCGAGGCCCCCACGGAGGCACCGAGCAGGACACGCCCCCUCUGACACACAUUGCAAUGAAAAUGGAGCUGUCACCCCUCUUGAUCAUGGACUCCCAGAUUUCUACACCAAGAGAGUCCUCCCUGAUAGUCAGUUGUCCUCUCUCCAUAAAGCCCACUCUCUCAGGCGAAAGAAGAGACGCAAUAUGCUGGCCAUCUUUGGUUUCCGUAGGAACCGCAACUCAACGCUCUCCAAUCAGGGGCCAGAGUCUGGCAGAGACGGGUGUGGGGAAGAGUGUUGCACUGUCGCCACGGCACCGACAGGGACAGCCACUGAGAAUGUCUACACGCUGCUGCAGCCCCCUCACUCUGCUGCCAGGGCAGGCUCUCCUGGUGAGGGGGGUGAGGUGGAGGACCAGAGGGGGGAGGAGCCAGUGGGCCAGAGCCUGCAGCCAGUGCAGAGCAUACCACCAGGCAGCAGACACCCCUUCUACUCACCCAGCCAGCCAUCAGAGCUAGAGACAGAGCACGAGCAACCUGCAGAUACAGACAGACAGUGGACAGAGGACAGACAGGCGGACAGACAAUGGAUAGUUGACAGACACACACAGAGACAGAUCGACAGACAGUUUGAUCGAGAUAGACAGUGGACGGUGAGCAGAAAACAGACAGACAGAACGUGGGCAGAGGGUCGACUGACAGACAUACAGAUAGACAGACAGUGGAUAGACAGCUGGCAGUCAGGGAGACAGACUGACAGACAAGCCCAGGGACAACAUCUAGCUCAGAGACCUCUGCCCCCUUACCUAUCAGACAGGACUCCAUCACCUAAAAGUGAGACUGACUCCCAGAAAAACAUGGAGGCAACCAUGGACAGACAGAAUUACUCUGACACACAGACGGACAGACAUCUGCGCUCAGACACUGCUGUAGGACAGGUGGAAGGGUGGAAGGGUGGAGAAGGGUUUCCCCCUGGACGGGUUUCUACGAGUGCAUCUAAACCAGACCCUCCUCCCAAGAGCAGCAAACCCAACCUGUCCAAACUGAGACAGAGACAUCUACAGGAGAGCUCUGGGGCCGAGGAGGAAGCAGGUGGAGAGAGGGAUGGUGGAAGAAUGGAAAGGAAAGAGAGAGAUAGAGAUGCAGAGGGACAGCCUCCUCCUAUUCCUGAAAAGCCAAAGACGUCAUCCUAUGUGUCUUCUCCAAACGAGUAUGCCAAUGAAAGGCCGAUCCAGCCUCCUGCACCAUCUGCAUUCAGAAAGCCAGUGUUGGGAUUGGCUGACAGGGCUGUCAGCCAAGGUGAGGAAGCAGUGAGGCCUCAAGCCCCAGUGAAACCCCAGAGGAACAGAAAGGCUAUGUCUUGUGACACAGGCACUGACAGGGAUAGCCCUAAUAAUCUUGAGAAGCCCCCAAAUCGCAAACCCCCUGUGAAAAAACCUAGACUACCCCAGAACAGAAACAAAUCCUUGGACUAUCCUGACAGUGUCAACUCAGUGUCUGGUAACAGCGAGCUGUUGUGAUGGCGAUGGAAUUCAGCUGCUUCAGACCGACCAGCCAGAGGGUUGUCAUGACAACUGGGCAGCAUUUUGUCCAAUGUGAAGAGGAGAAAGAUGGGAGGGAAAGUCUAGACUCUAUAGAGAGAGGGGACACAGAUAGAGAGAGAGGGGGAGGGGAAGAUAAAUGGCUGAGAGUGCAAAAUGAUAAGGACAUCGCCAAGCAUCACUUACCUACUGCAUUAUUAUUGGAACACACACAGCUUAUCACUAGUCAGUCUCUGUCUGUACCUUGCCUUCACUGUCUGUUUUCCUGUCAUCUCAAUAGAAACCUGCUGAACUGUUUUGCAGCUAUUCAAAUGGUAGUUUCUACUUUUGAACAUCAAAUUCAUUGUUGUCUGCACUUAAAGAAUUGCUAAAACACUGUCAUGCUACAAUGCCAAGGGGCCAAACAUUGGAACAUUGUUAUUAUUAUUAUUCAGAGUUACACUUUAUUUUGUAUUAUUCAUAUAAACUAAGCUGGACUAAAGAAAGGAAUUUGUCUUUAUUAGAAUGUUAUGCAUUUUGACUGCUGUGAAUGUUGAUUGCCGUGGUUGAAACUUGAAAAUGAGUUGUUGCUUAUUAUUAAAUGAAACUUUUAUUUCUAUCUAGUUCUGCUGUCAUGGACUGAAAGGUAAUAUAUUUUAUAGAAAAAUUCAAUUGCAAAAUGAUGUAUGAGUAUACUGUAUGAAUGAAUAAAAUGCUGUACUGGAAGACA